UUUAUAGGUGUCUUCAGGUGUCUGGUAACAAACACAGUCAAACUCAUUAUCACGCAUACAUAAAUAAAAUAAUAAAUUGAAAGAGAGUUACAAAUAACAGUAGUAAAAUACAAUAGAAAAAUAAAGUGCACAUAUUAAAUUCUACAACUAAAAAAACACUUAAAACACUUUAGUAGAGGAGGGCAUAAACACAUUUUUGAAUCGCUCCCUUCUGCAGCGCCAUGACUGGAGCCAAGAAAAUGUUGUUCCAAGAACAGUGCUGCUCAAGUUGAUGUUCAUAAAGGACAACACUUCCCACUAUGUACAUAACAUAGUUUUUAAACAAUGGAGCAUGACAUUAAAGUACAUUCCCACAACAUUUACCUUCAAUUAUGGAAGCUUUUAGAUAUUGUUGCAAAAAUACUGCAAAAUAUUAUCAUUUCCAUGGAAUCUUUUCAUUUCCCCACCACAUACUUGAAAAAAUAAUAUAUUGCGUUCUUUUAUCCAAAGCGAAUGAUAAAUUAAAAAGUCAAAUGUAUUUUGCUAAACCGUACAUCUGUCAACUUUGGAAUUUAAUACAAUGCCCAGAAUGCGUUUCGGCAUUUUAUCCAAUAAAAAUAUUGCUCAUGCCAAAUGCCAGAUUUCAACCAAUGAAAUUCCAGGAAGCUGGAUCCUCAAAUAAACGUCACUAUGUUCCUCGUCAGUCAUAACCCCAUGGAUCAGUGAUAAAAUUAAAGAAACUUUGGGACCUCUGGGAUUUUUUUUCUGUGGGUUCAGCCUCCCUUGCUUGUACCCUUUUGAGUCUUGUUGUGGUGUGUUCUGUCUCAAAGUUCAUGACGGUUGCUGACGGAGACUCCUUAGCGCUUAUCAUGCCUGUCCGAGCAGAGUGCCGCUGUACAACCGGCUCGGCCUGCCCAUCCUCGGCCUGUCUUGUUCCCCCUGCGCCGAUCAACACUUACCAGCCGGGGGUGGCUACGACGCUGCUGUACAGUGGCUCACAGUUUCGGGGAUACCAACGGAGCAAAGGCAACUCAUACGACGUCGAAGUGGCUUUGCAGCAUGUGACUGUGGAGGACUCAUAUUUGUGUGGAUACCUGAAGAUCAAAGGCCUGACUGAGGAGUAUCCAACUCUUACUACGUUCUUUGUUGGUGAAAUUAUUAGCCGCAAGAGGCCUUUUUUAACUAGAAAGUGGGACGCAGAUGAGGAUGUGGACAGAAAGCACUGGGGAAAGUUCCACGCUUUCUACAAGUAUGCCAAAAGCUUUAACUCAGAUGAGUUUGACUACAACGCUCUUGAAAACAGUGAUUAUAUCUUCAUGAGGUGGAAGGAGCAGUUUUUAGUUCCGGACCACACAAUCAAAGACAUCAGUGGGGCUUCCUUUGCUGGUUUCUAUUACAUCUGCUUCCAGAAAUCUACUGCAACCAUUGAGGGCUAUUAUUACCACAGGAGCUCAGAGUGGUACCAGUCUUUAAGCCUCAACCAUAUUCGAGAGCACAGUAUGCCCAUCUACGAAUUUCGGUGACGUUGAGGAAUUCGGUUUGGAGGAAAGGACAGUUCAGGCUGCCCUGCGCUGAUCUGGGACAGGAAGAACGGAGAGCCCUCUGAGGCCGCAGCACUGGAGGUGACACUCUAGUGCCACGCUGCAGAAGAGAGGGCACAAAUUGAAGAGUGAGGAAGGCCGUGGCACAUGUACAGUUCUGCAGCAAAGCUGAUGUUUGGCGUUUUAAUUUGCUCUUUUUUGGCUUGCUUUUAUUUCAGUUCACCUCUCUGCACUCACACGAGCCGCCUCCGAGCAUUCUGGCAUGCAAAUAAAAUCAUGUUUUCUUUCAGGAGGAGAGCAAACAUUGCCUUUCAGUUACAAGUUGCAAAGAUGAGAGUAUGAAAGUUGUGGAAAGAGUUUUGUUCAGGAAAGAUGGAGAUAUUUCUCCUCUCUUUGAUAUAAAAAUAAUGUGCGAGAUGGGUUUGAUUCCUUGUAGUGUGCUUUUUGGCAAAGGAUUGCAGCGGGAGCAGACUUGUCAACAAGAUAUGUGUAUGAGUUGUUGACCAACGAUGGUGUGCUUGUUUGUUGUUUCAAAGCCAAGAGCAGUUAGUAACUGAAACGCUCCCAGCUGGACUGAGCUCUGAAAACAGGUCAUUCGUGUAUCAAAUAACCUUUUUUUUUUUUUUUUUUU